UAGCCUGUACUUUGUUUACGUUCCGUUGGUUAGCUGACAGCCGCUGUAGCGCUUUACCCUCACACACAGCCGUGUCUGCAUGUCUUGCCUGGAGCUUCGCAAACUUUAAACCGAGUGUUCCGGAUGUCGUGGAUGGGUUGUUUUGUUGAAUGAGGGGGACCCGCUAGAUGCCGACAGGAGGAUGAACUCCGUCACCGGUCGGGUUCUCGCCAUCCCCGCCGCCUCUGUCACUAACUCUGGAACUUCAUCCUCUCGAGCCUUGCAUGUAGAGCUCACUUCCCAGCAGAGACGAUUGCGUCAUCUCCGGAGCAUCGCGGCCAGAAACAUUGUCAACAAGAAUGGUUCCCCACUGCUGGACACUUACUUCACCCUCCACCUCUGUAUAGGAGAUCGCAUAUCUAGAGAUUUUUACAGGAGUGAAGUCAUACGGGACUCGCUGAAUCCAACUUGGCGGAGCCUGGACUUUGGCAUGCUGCCGGAUCUCCUGGACACCUCCGUGUCUUGCUUCGUAGUGAGGAUCUGGGGAGGACAGGAGGAACAGUACCAGCUCCUCAUAGAAUGGAAGGUCAACCUGGAUGGCCUCAGAUACACGGGACAGCAGAUUCGAUCCCGGAAUCCCAACGAGAUAAUAUUCGGGCUGAAUGACGGCUACUAUGCAGCUGACUUUGAUCAUAAGGACCAGUCGGAGCGGAAGAAAAACAGUCUGCUUCAGGUCGACCAGAGUUCAGUCCGGAGCUCCUACAGCGUUUUCUCUUUGCUCAGGCUCCACACAGCCCAGAGAGCCAUCAAGCAGACCCAGGUGACGGUGCAGAAGAUCGGAAAGGAGAUCGAGGAAAAGCUGAGGACGACGACGACCUGCACGGAGCGGAAGAAGGAGCGAGAGUGCAUGCAGCUGCGCAUUGCCGUGCUGCGGAGUGAACUGCAGCGGCAGAGGAAGGCGCUUGGCAGAGAGAUCGACCUGCGGCAGAAAGAGAGAGCACAGCUUCAGAAGAAAGAGGAAGCGUUCUCCGCUCAGCACGAGAGUCUGAAGGAGGAGAAAGAAUCCUUAACCAAGCUGCAGAAGGAAUGCACUGCCAAGAGAGAGCAGUUCCUCAAGUCCAACGCCCAGCUCACCUUCCGCUGUCGUCAGCUCCUCUCUGAGCUCUCCUACAUCUACCCCAUCGACGUGGCCAAUCAGUCGGAUUAUGUCAUCUGCGGAGUGAAGCUGCCAAACUCUGAAGACUUUCAAGCAAAGGAUGAUGGGAGCCUGGCGGUCGCCCUGGGUUACACGUCGCACCUGGUCCUGAUGAUUUCGUGCUUCCUGCAGAUCCCUCUUCGGUAUCCGGUGAUCCACAAGGGUUCCCGCUCCUCCAUCAGGGACACCAUCACUGACAGACUCACUGAGAAGGAGCGAGAAUUCCCUUUGUACCCCAGAGGAGAGCGCUUUCAUUUUGAAUACGGUGUCUACUUGCUCAACAAGAACAUUGCCCAGCUGAGAUAUCAACACGGCUUGACCACCCCAGACCUGCAGCAGACACUACCCAACCUGAAGAACUUUCUGGAGCACGGCCUGCUGGUCCGAUGUGACAGACACCAUGUCUCAAGCUCCAUCCCAGUGCCGACCAAGUCUCAGCUCGGUGUGUCUGCUGCCUCAGAGAUAGGCUACCCCUCCCACACCAGCUCCCCAGACCGAGGCCUGAGAAAAAGGGCGAGCUCGGAGGCCGACAAGUACAAGCCAACUCCUCCACCCAGCUACAACACAGCCAUGGGUGAGAAGCAGCCCCCGGUUGGCCUUGCACCGCCCUCUCCCUCGCCUUCACCCAAACAACUAUCCUCCUCCCUCGAUGCCGGCAUGGCCUCACUUAACCUGGCCAAGACUACAGAGUCCAAUGAGGAGGGAGGGCAGAAGGAAGAGAAGGGGGAGAGCGGGGAGACGGCGGUGGAGGAGGAGAGACUCAAGAUCGAAGAUAAAGAAGAGACCGAGGAGGGGCCACCCAGCAGCACUGUCGCGCCAGGCUCUUCUGCAGUGCAGGAAACCGGUGAGGAAAUUGUCCCAACUGGUGAGCACACAGGUGCCAUGAACGGCUCUUUGGUACCAGGACAGGCGCCUGUCAGCCUGGUCCCGGAGCUGCGCUGCUCUGUGGAGCAAGCCGAGGAGAUCAUGGGCACGGAGGCCACCGGUUUAGGCCUGGGGAUGGGGAUGGGGGUUGGGUUGGGUUUAGGGCUCGCAGACGAGGCCCGGAUGGAAGACUACCGCUGCAUCCCUGUGGACCACGCAGUAGCUGUGGAGUGUGACGAACAGGUGCUGGGAGAGCUGGAUGUCGCCGGCUUUGAGGAGUUCUCCAGGCGCAUCUAUGCACUAAACGAGAACAUGUCCAGCUUCCGUAGGCCGCGCAAGAACUCUGAUAAGUGAGGUGGAGGACCUGAGUAGAGAGGGAGGGGUGAACAACACUUACACAGGGGCAGGGACACGAGGACAUCGAAAAUAAAAUGAGCUAUUCUGGAAUAACGACCAAUUUGCACUUAUUGUAAACAUUUCAAUAGUAAUCUUUUAAAUGAAAUACAGUUAAAAGUGCAAGUAUUGGGACGGCAAGCUGUACUGUUAUUUUUGAUUGCAGCACUAAUACAUUUUUUCAUAAUGGAUGGGAUCAUUAUUCUGACAUUUUUAACAACCGCCCCAAGAAUUAGUGGCAGUUAUUGCAGUCUGUUGUUCCAUAACUGGGGACCAGAUGUGUAUCACUCGCACUUUGUUUUCCAUCCCUUACUGCAGUAACAGCCCUUUACUUCAAAACACCAACUGCAUUUAAGAUUCACAUCCAAACUCAGCGCAGCUUCAGUACAUCAGUCUACAAAGAUGUUUUAAUGCAGCAGAUUUUUUUUUUGUGACAAUUUGACAAUUAUAAAACCACAAGACGGCCAUUUAAAAAAAUGGUUGAACCUAGCAGUUUUACUAAAGUGAAUGGAGUCCGCUGUCCCAGCACUUACACUUUUGACCCGUACAGUACAAGCUUGUGUGGACACUUCCCGAGCCUUCAUUCAGGGUGCGAGGCAGUGGGUCCGGGCAGGAGGGAGGGCGUGUUGCCUACGCACCUGUGUCAGGGCUUCACCUUAGCAUGCAACCACAGUCAAACAAUCGCAGUUAGGUAGCAAGUAAUCCCACCGAUGACCUUUGUACGCGGCAGGAGUCUGCCGCCACAGGGUGAGGUGGGGGCUGGAAGCCCCAAUGAGAUAUUCCCUAACCGUGACACACGGCUCCCCCCCCCUACAACGGCUCAACCCACCUCGCCAUUCUCCACACGGGAGUCGAAUUUCUCCUUCAGGUCUUUAGAGGAGGAUCAGGUGGCAGGUUGGAGGUCACGGCACAUAGCAGGGAUACGGUGCAAUUGUUUUUCUGUCCAUCUCCAUGUCCUCUAUUUUUCUCUUUCUCUUUUUAAUUAUUGUUUAAUUUUAACGUACCCGAUCAAUAUUAACGUCAACGUUAAUGUUACGUCCACUGACUCUCAUAAUCAGUAGACCACAAAUGUAUUUCUGUGUCGGUGUUGUGUCGAAAUGUCUCACUCAGGCUCUACUGUAAGCGUUAACAGCAAGUUUCUCAAUCCCACUGUCUGAUUCUUUUUGUCCCCGUGUCUCCAUGCUCUGAAUGCUUUCUUGCACUGGUAUUCAAUUAUUGCUUUAUUUAUGUCUCGCAACAAUUGCGUGCUCUUUAUUUUCAAAAGAAAUCAACAUUAAGUUUCAUGUGGUUCGUUAAUGUUGUCAAAUGUUAGACUAAUGUAACCGGUAUCUGGGUCCCGACGUGGACAGCCGCUUUGCAUCGCCCGCCAUGACAAAGAUGGACUCUCAACCGGCAGCCCUCUUUGUGUUGCAGAUCCAGUACUGUGGUUUGCUGACUGCUGAGAUGUAUUGUAUUUAAAGCUAAAAGAUGAACGAUGUUCUACCAUUUCCAUAAAAUGCUAUACAGUUCAGUAAGCGACCAUGUACAGAUACUUUUGUAUGGAGGGGUGUUUUUCUUUUUUUUGUUAUUAAAGACUUGCAGUCCAAUG